UUGGACUUUUAACACUCCCAAAGAUUCCAACUUUUCUGAUUACAAUUGCCUUUUUCUUUUCGUCCUUUUACAGUGCUCAGGGUUCUUAUUGUAUCCAUCAAAAUUACAGUAAAAGAACCAUCUUUUUCUCCAUUGGUCACUCUUUACAAUAUCUUUGCUUUGCCUUUCUCUUCUUCUUCACUCCAUUUUUUCAGAGCUUCAAAAAUCUCUUCUUCAGGUUUAGAUUGGCUUUAAUAAACCUGUGGCCGUCGCCGGAGCAUUACAGCUCUCGCUGACUGAAUCUGGGCAAUGUCGCUCCCAAUUGAACAACAAUCUCCGCCGGCGCCGGGAAUGCAGCAGCCGUACGGCGGCCAUCUCAGCAACGGCUCCGUGGGUCCGGUCAUCGGCGUCCUCGUCGUCAUCAUUGUCUUCGCCGUGGUCGCCGUCGUGGUCGGGCGGCUGUGCUCGGGGAAGACCAUCAUGGGCUACGGCCAUUUCGAUUUGGAGAGCUGGGCGGAGACCAAAUGCUCCUCUUGCAUCGACGGAAGAAUCAGCCCGCCGCCCCCGAGGGCCAAUGUCUCCGCCGCCACCACCGCCACCGCUCUUCCGGCGACAAUGGCCGUCCAAACCCAGCAAGAAACUAAGCAAGAAGAACCAGCUUCUCAAAAUCCAUCUGCCACCAACGCUUGAUUUCUAAAGAUGGGAGUCGCAGAGCCCAAAUUUUCUGUGUAUUUUCCAAUUUUUUCGACCUCGUCUAAUUCUUUUCUUGCUCCGCUGUCAGCAUUAGAAAAUUUGUGAACACCCUCUAAAUUGUUUUGCCUUCACUUGCCAUUUUCAAUCAGCUGUGCUCGAUCAACUUGGCUAUUUUAAUUUUUAAAUUUAAUAUUAACUGCGAUGUUGGGGAGAAAUUGGUUCAUCCGUCUUCUAUAUCUCACAAUUGGUAUGAGAGGGCUACAGGUUCUAUUUUCACUU